GGGGGUGGGGCGGAGAAGGUGCCAGAGCCGGAUUGAGACUCAGACCCGGAUCAGGAUCAGGACUCGCCGCCGCAGCAGGAGGAGGACCCGGCCAGAGCGGCCCAGUCAUCCCUGUCCCCAACGCUUACUCUGUGUGAGGCGCCGGCCGCCGUGAUGGGUUUGUGCCUCCCGUGUCUGGGAGGAGCGACCGAGGAUGUGGUGGAGACGCCCGACCCUGAAACCAGAAGGCGACAAUUAGCAGAAGCUGCUGAGAAGAGACAGAAGGAGAAUGUGCACCGGGGCAUUAAGAAUCCUGAAUCUGUGGAGCGGAAGAAGCAGAAGCAAGAAGCAUUGGAAAAGCAGCAGAUGAAUUCCACACCUACAGGAGGUGGUGGUGGCCUCAGGUGGCAAGUUGGUUAAAGGAGCUGAAGAACGUAUGGAAAAUCUUCAAUAUUGCCAGUGUAGCAUUAACCCUGUUAUCAAGAGGUUGAUGUUCUCUGCGUGGCUUUCGGUGUUUGGUUAGAAAGACCCAGAAAUGUGCCAUCCUUCGCAUUGAAUGUUCUGUACAAAGGCUUUCUGUAUUCCAACAGAAGUGCACAAUGUUUCUUUCAGUAAUUUUAAAAAGCAGUCCGUCAAUGUUUAAAACAUUAAACCAAUCCAGUCACUUCUAAGCAACAGUGGAAACUACUCAUGGCUUGGAUGUUCCUGCUCCAAGAAAUCCUUUGUUUGCUUUUAUUUUAGCCAGAAACUGUAUUGCUAAAUGUUUACUUUCUAUACAUUACCAUUAUUUAUAAAGCAGUGUAAUGACCUAUUGUGCAUUUUUGUAGAUAAUUCAGCUGCAGCUUUAAUAGGCAACGUUUUCUAUAUUUUAUAAACACUUGAUUUUUCUAAACCUUUGUGCCUUGGAUAUAGUGUUGGGAAAUGUGUGAAAAUAUGCUUUCAUUUAAUGCCAUAGCUUAUGUUUAUUAAAAUAUUUAGCAUCCUUUUUGGUGCUUGUAUUAGUUUAUUGAAUGAGCUUUUAGCUGCUGAAAUUUGACUCCACCAUGCCAGGUUGCUAGAUUCAACUACCUCUAAAUAUAUGUGCUCAAUCCAUGUAGAAAAAAAAUACAUUUUUAGGAUGAAUGAAACUCUUUGUGGUAUUGAUUACAUGUUCUUAGCAGAGUAUAAUUUGCUAGCUAUAUGCAGAUAUUUUAUAUUUUUUGCAUUAGUAAAAGAAAACCUGAAUCUUUGUCAUCAAGUAAUUUAAUUAUAGGUCUGUAGUGCUUGUCACUAACUGUUGUGGCCCCUGUUGAUGAAAGAAUACAGAUGGUUGUGUUCCUUUGUAUUAUAAAGAUCGUAUGGCCCACAGUCUGUUCCAAGGUAUUAAAUUUGUUGUCUACGUUGUCCCGUUAAGUGCUGACGGCUGCUGAGGCACACACCUAUAUGUAGCAAACAACCAUUUUUUUCUUAAGACCUAGACAGAAUGUUGCCAGGAUAUUUUCUUAUAAUCUUAGCUACUGAUUGUGAUGCUGUCCAUACAUAAUACUUGCUGUUGAGUCACACUAGCAGUGGAAAGCAUACAUUCUAGCUAAUUAUACUCUCCUUGCCCAGCAUUGAAUUGAUUUUCUUGCCAUCCCAGCUAAAAGAGAAGAGGAAACAAGAUCGAACCUUAACUUGGUAACUUGCUUUUUUUAAUCUCCUGGUUGAAGUGUACAUUUUAAAUGCCUUUCCUGUGCUGUUAGAUGUCCUGAUGCUUUUCUGAAUGCUUGGAAUUAACAAAAUAUCCAUAACAAAUGCUUAAAUUUUGUGCAAAGGUUAGGUGAUAAUCUUAUGUCUUUAUAAUUUUGUCCUUCAGUGAAGCUUUCUCUAAUAUUCCCAUGCAUACCUUUUAUGGACCAGAUGCUUUUACCUGUAUUUUACAGACUCAUGUGAUACAAAUCAAAGCCCAGUGAUCCCAAAGCAUUUCUCAAGCUAUGACAAAAUAGCCCGUUUUAAAAAAAACCUGACCUCUGUGGCACAACUGUUGAACUAUAUACAAAAGUUCCUGUGAAGUUAGUCAGUUGGUCACAAUAAAUAGCUUGCUUUAUUGGGGCACUUGUGCCAAUGGUCUUUUAAGCAAGUGUUUUGGCAUGCACCUUUUUUUUGGUGACUGUCUUUCUCAUCCAUGGGAUGUGGGACCACACUGUUCAGGGUCCAAGUGGUGAGCAACUCACUUCUGUAAGGAUGCAAAAGCCUUGAAGAUCGUGCAGAGAAGAUUUGUUUGAAUGGUACAAAGCACGUGGGACUUCAGUUUUGUGGAGAGCCUAUAGAAAUUAGGAUCUUUCUCCUUAGCACAGAGAAGGAUGUGAGGUAAUUAGUUUACAUGCUGGAGUUCAAGUGAGGUUUUUGAUCAAGAAAAUAAGGAAAAAUGGUUUCAGAGGCAGAAUGAUGAGUAAUCAGCAAACAUUAUAAAGUGAAUGCUGAAGGUACCUAUGCUGACCUGAGGCAGUUCAGUGAGGAUCUGGAAUGGGCUCGGUAAAAGGGAAAUGAAUGCAGAUUUCAGCUUGUGGAAGAAAAUUUGAUGAUUACUUGAUGAGAAAAUCUUUCAGUGCUGUGGGGCAGGCUUGGGAUUAAAGUUAAUUUGAUUGGUCUUUGGGGUAGUCCCAGUGGUAUCAUUGCUAGACUAUUAAUCCAAACGCCCAGGAUAUGUUCUGGUUUCGAAUCCCUCCAUGGCAGAUGGUGGAAUUUAAAUUCAAUAGUAAUCUGGAAAUGAGAGUCUAAUGAUGACCACAAAACCAUUGCCAGUUGUCAGAAAAAAACCCAUCUGGUUCACCAAUGUCUUUUAGGGAAGGAAAUCUGCCUUAUCUGGUUUAGCUCCAGGCUCUCAGUAAUGUGAUUGACUGACUGCCAUCUGGGCAAUCAGGAAUGUACAGUUAGUACCAAUCCAACUAAUGAUACCACUCCCCCUAGCCCUUUGUACCAAUUUAACAGUACAUUGAAUACGUUCAACUCCCCUAAGUUUGUAAAAACCAAAAGAACUGCGGAUGCUGUGAAUCAGGAACAAAAACAAAG